AUGCCAUGGAUCGACGGAAAUUCGUUUUCUCAUAUUCGCCCUGCACUCGCCGUCGCACCGCACGAGGUCUCGCGACGGCGACUCUUGCCAUUCUCGUCGUCCCAGGACAGGCAGGACCUGCACCAAUCUGUUCUCGUGUCUCAAAUUGACAUGCAGCUAGCUCUGCUUUCGUGCGAUCCAGCACGCCACGCCCCCAUUCAAGUCGGACAGCCGUCUGCAGCUCAUGAUGCAUCUGCGGGGCGAGAAGUGCAUCGCGUAUCUGGUAAAUCAGCACCAGCAGCACCAGUACCAGAUCCCUCAAAGCUUGUUAAGAGGGUUCAUUUCGGUUUCGGUACACACGUCUACAAGGUCCUUUCGGCAUUCAAGGUCGGUGUACUUUUGACUUGCCUGCUUUGGCCUUACCCUGCCGAGGUUGCGUACGCCCCUCGUCCCGACCUCUUUCGACGUUUCGAACCCUGGGGGCUCUGUACAUGCCCCGUGGACGCACCCGACACCUUCUGGUGCGUUGUCCUCCAGUCUCUCUAUUGCUCUUCACCGCUGCGAGGCCGCUCGACCGCUCUUCUGAAUCUCGAGAGUCUGGCUCCGAGUCGACUAAGCUUGCAGCUGCAUCCAAGAGGCAUCAUCGAGUUUCCGGUUUGCCAGUGGCUCGGUACACCGUAUGAUUGGACGUCUACAUUGUCCGCCUCCACUGCCGAUACGAUCGGUACCUCUUUGCGCCCCAGCCCUCAGCUGUACAUGUGUCAGAGUCUGUCUACCUGUCUGUCUACUGAGCGAGGGACAAGAUUUCGCUGCUCGCUUCCCGCCUUGUCCGUUGCCCCAGCUGGCAGCGGGUGCUCCAUCAUCAAUCAACCUAAUCAGCCUUACCACGACGCUUGA